AUGAAGAUCUUGGAAAAGAAAAUUUGGGUGAACCAGCCAGGUACAUUGAAGAUCAUCCCAGAAGAACCAGAUGACUUGUUCUUAGCCUACAGCCUCAUCUCCAUCGGCGACGUGAUCACCACCCAGACCUCCCGGAAAGUUCACCAGAGCACCGUCUCCGGCAAGAACAAGAACCCAUGUCGGGUCCAUGUCAAGCUGGAGAUCAGUGUGGCCGCCGUUGACUACAAGGGCUCGUCGGCGCUUCGGAUCAGCGGCAAGAACCUGGCAGCAACCGAGCAUGUCAAUGCAGGGCUGUUCCAUACCCUGGAAUUGGAUGUGAACAAGGAGUUCAGUUUGAGGAAGAAAGUGUGGGAUGCUCAAGCAGUGAAGAAGCUGGAAGAUUAUAGCUCGUCCGGGUGUGAUGAUUUGGCUGUUCUUUUGAUGGAUGAGGGGCUGGCGAAUCUGUUUUCAAUUGGGAAAUCUGGUUCCAAGUGUUGUGCAAAGGUUGAAGAAAGGCCAAGCCCUAAGACUGGGCUGGCCAAGUUUUUUGAGAGAGUGUUCUGGGCUCUCACAAGGCAUGUUGAUUUCAACACAGUUAGGUGCGUGGUGAUUGCCAGCCCUGGAAGAACAAAGCAAGAGUUUCGGCAAUACCUGGUUUCUGAGGCUCAGAGAUUGAAGAUGAAACAGAUAGAGAAGAACAAAUCACGCUUGGUUUUGGUGAACACAAGUUCUGGGAAGGAGAGCUCUUUGAAGGAGGUUCUGUGUGAUCUCACAGUGAUGCAAUUCGUGAAACAUACCAAGGCUGCCGUGGCUAUGCGGGAGUUCACAGAGUUGUUGUCGACCGACUUGGACCGGGUUUGCUAUGGGUUGAGGAGCGUUGAGGCUGCGGAUGAGCUGAGGGCCAUUGAAACCCUAAUGAUCACAAAUGAGCUUUACAGAAGCGGAGAGACAGUGCUGAGGAAGAAGUGUGUUGGGUUGGUGGAGUCGGUGAAGGAAGCUGGAGGGAAGGCGGUGGUGUUUUCACGGGGGGAGGAGGAGGAGGAGGAGGAGCUGGCUAAGCUCACUGGUGUGGCUGCAAUUCUCAGAUUUCCAUUGCCUGAUCUUGAUCAGAUGGUUUUGUAA